CUGAGCACUUUGCACACUGUUGCAUCUCUUUGUAUUUUCUCAGUCUACGAUAUUCAGUCUAGCUUUCAGCAUUCACAACUCAGGGAUAUGUCUGAUUACGCAACCAGGCGUCCUCCAUCAGGACGAGGACUGUCCUCUAGUAUCUGGCCGUCCUCUCUCUCACAUCCGUCCUCCAGCUCUCAACCUCUACAUUACGGAGGUGCUGGAUACAGCUCAGUAAGAGCGACCUCAGAGUUUUCCUCUGAUCUGUUCGGGAGACGGUAUGGGUUUCCAGAAUACAGAACAUCAAACAUUGAAAUUCGUCACACCUCACCAUUUCCUACAGAAUCUGGUUCUUAUAUACCAAGAACCACAAGAAGAACUAUUUCUGUAACUUCCCUGGAUUCAAGAAACUCGGUUCCUUUAAGGCUUCAUGGCUCUGAAGGGGAUAAAGGUCGUCUUUUCUCUGAUAUAAAAUAUGCUUAUCCUUCAACUUCAAGAGAAAGCGUCUCAAGAAGUUUGAGAUCGUCUAGGGCAUCUACUCCCAGGGGCAACAUUACUAGGAUCUCUGAUUCUCCUCGAGGGUAUUCUAUGCACAGGUUAAACUUAAAUACAAAUAUUAUAGUUUUGGUUGUCAUAUUUAAAAAUAUUUUAUUACGGUUUGGAGGAGCAUUCACAACAAUCACAAGUUGGCAGUUUCUGUGGUGUGCCCUUUAA